AUGGUGGUUUCUACUCAAGAGAUUGCAACAAGCGUAUCUAAACCAUGGCUUGACCUUAGAGGCAAGAUUGUGAUGGUUACCGGUGCAUCCUCUGGUAUUGGCCGGGAGUUGUGUAUCGACUUAGCCAAAGCUGGUUGCAAGAUCAUUGCUGCUGCACGUCGAACUAACAAACUCAAGGCUCUAUGCCAUGAAAUUAACAACAUGGAAAUCUCUAAUAUUCAUGCAAACGAAGGUGAAGCCAUUAUGCAUGAUGUCUUAGCGGUGGCACUUGAGCUUGAUAUCAGUGCCAAAGGUCCUGGCAUCGAAGCCGUUGUGCAAAAGGCUUGGGCGGCUUUUGGCUGCAUCCAUGCUUUGAUCAACAAUGCCGGUUUUAGAGCAAGACUAAUUUUUGAUCCCACGGGCAAUGAUAGUCGUCCUUUUAUCAAAUAUCAAUGGUGA